GCAGUGCGGCUCAUUCCAUAUUCGGAAUGAUGAAUGAUCUCAAAACAAGAAAUGAAAGGAUUUUGAUCUAACCGAGUGACAAAGUAAACUCAAUCUGUUUCAUUUUGUAAUACGAAUGUAGGCUACGGUUAUCAUCUUGUUCGGUUUUAAACGACGAUUGGACCUUAAAUUUCACCGGUUUUCACUGAUUCUAUAGCUAAAAAUACGGUAGUCCCUCGCUAACUCGAACUCCCAAGUGGAAAGAAAAAUUGUUUGUGUUACCAACCUCUUCAACGCCAAAUCUCUUCAACGCCAUCAUUAGAUAUGUCGCUGGCAAAUGUCCAUCUUGUGGAAGCAAUAUUUCCUUUUACAGGAAAUGAUGAAGAUGAGCUGUGCUUCCAAAAAGGGGAUAUCAUUGAAAUAACCAAGGUUGUCGAGGGUGGAUGGUGGGAAGGAACCUUGAAUGGCCGCAGUGGAUGGUUUCCCAGUAAUCACGUUGCAGAAAUUUCUGCAAGUCCUGAGCCAACUGGUCAAUCUGCUGUUUCAACAUCUGAUAGUGCUUCUGAUAGAGAAAAUGUCCGCGUCUACCAUAAUUUGGUACUUCAAAAUAUACUGGACACAGAAAAAGCAUAUGUCGAAGAACUACAAACGUUAUUGAGAAAUUAUCUCAAACCACUUCAAGAAUCUACAGCAAUUCCAUCAGAGGAAAGCAAAAUUCUAUGUGGGAACUUUAAAGGAAUCGUCGGUUUUCAGGAAAUGCUGUAUGAGGAGUUGAAGGAAGUUUCAGAACAACCGCUAGCACAACAAAGAAUGGGAGCUGUAUUUUUACACGCUGCACCUAAAAUGAAGGAUUUUUACAUAAAAUAUUGUGCGAAUCACCCCCGAGCUGUCGAGGUUCUUACUAAAUACGGGGACGAAUUGUCUGAGUUCAUGGAGAAACAAGGAGCUGACGCUCCAGGUGUUUUGACUCUAACAACCAGUUUAAGUACAUUGUUUAGACGGCUUGAUAAAUACCCAACACUUUUAAAGGAACUUGAACGGCAUUUGGAGGAUGGCCAUGUUGACGAAUUCGAUACGAAAAAAGCGAUCGCCGUAUUUCAAAAUAUUGGGACGAGUUGUCGUGAAAUGAGACGCAGAAAAGAAACAGAACAUGAAAUACUGACCGGUACAAUUGAAGGAUGGGAAAAAGAGGAAAUGCAAAAACUGGGAGAGCUUGUGUAUAUGUCUUCAUUGCUUAUUCAUGGUGAAAACGAGGAGGUGAAAGAAAGACAAUUUCUAUUGUUUCCUGACGUGUUGGUCUUGCUUUCUGUCAGCGAAGACAUAAGCGGAUAUUGUUUUGAGACUAGUUAUAAAGUCUCUGAUAUUAAAGUGAGGAGUUUAGAAGAUACUGAAGGAAUAUUAAAUGCUUUAGAAAUUGAAGCAAACGACCAAACGCUGGUUGUGUCGGCAAACAGCGAAAAAGAGAAAUCGGCAUGGUUGGAAUCUUUAGCAAGCGGACCACAUAGUCCUUUAGUUGGUAGUCCUCAGAGUAAUGGUUCUCCAGAACGACAUCAAGGCAAAGAACCACUUUCUGCAGCCCAGAAAGAAAAUAUCAAACCAGCUGACGUUUUAAUGAAAAGUGAACAUGUGCCUUUGAAAAUAGUGCAGUCCCACACGUUACCACGAACAGAAACUAGCGCAGGUCAUGGCACGUCCUUGCCACGAUCAGUAGCGGCGCUGACUGACGCGAAUUGUCGUGAUAUACCGUCGCAGUAUCUUCAAAAGGAACGGAAAUGGGAUUCAACUCACCUCCGUCCCACUCCACCCUUAAGACCGGCCUUUGCUCUUAUUAUGAAAGAAGAUUCUGCUAGUUCUCCAAAAUCGAUGAAGACCCUGCUUCACCCAAAUCGUGGCAAGAAAGGUCGCUCAAAAAGUGAAGACGAGUAUCGUCAAAAUGCUUCCUCGUCAUCUGGUCGUGUCCUGGAAGAGGAUAUGUUGAUACUUGGUGUAAUAGAAAGUUACUGCAAGAGUGCUAAAGAAAGAUUGACAGUGAAUUGUAGCCCAAUUCCUCCAACCGUUCCACCGCACAGAAAUUCCACGGCUUCCACUCUGAAACCGGACCGAGAACAUGCAAAACAGAAGAAAAAGAAAAGGAGCUUAUUAAUAGGUGAGUUCAGUUGUCUGCGAAGUCAAGAGGAAGAUCUGCGAACAGAACCCACGGAGGGGAAGGAGCCGGUGCCAAACCCACGAGUUGGGCAAAAGAAGACAGAAAAAGCGUCGCAUAAUUCAAACUAUUUACAAAAACCUUUACCGUCAAUUAAUAGUGAAGACGGCGUGCUUUUAUCGCAGUGAUUGGAAUGAAAGAGCAAUUUAUUUUUAUACUUUGUAGAAUUUAAUUUCUCAUGCAAUUAAGUUUCCUUGCAAUGUCAUAUGAUAUCAAAUUACAUAAAACUAGUAAAACAUAUGCAUAGUGACACUCGAUUUUACUAAGAUAUUAUUCGAGUUCACUCUGUAUUUUUACCGUUCAUGCUUUCACCUAACACGAGGAUGAAAAUUGAAAAACUAAUUUUUCCCUCGAGAUUGGCUGAACAUUUUAUCAUUCUAAAUUUUCAACAGAGAUUCAAUAUGCACAUAUUAUUUUGCCUUUUAGGGACGACCUAAAAUUGUACACAGUAAUUCGGUAAAUUCAAUCAAAUACGUUUACCGUGUACAUUUGUCAAAUUGCCUGGUCCGACAGAUCACUUCCCUUGAAAGAAUACAGCACUUUUUCUAGGAAAUUAUAUAUUUAUAUGGCUACUUUUGAUUUCUUUCAUGAGUACAGUAAAUUCUCCACUUGCAAAUUGAACGGCA